AACGGAAGAAACUUCACAGAGCUCGACAAGUUGCCCCUCGGUAGUACCGGACAGAACGUCACACCGGACCCAUGUAACGGUCGGCUUUUACCUGCCGACGUGAGCGGGGACACAGCGGACGUCAGUUCGGGCCGUUGGGUCAGUUGGGAGUAUCGGUAACGUUACACGUUGAGCGUACGAUGCAUAUGCUCGCGUCAAACGGAUCCAUAAUGGACCUGGGUUCGGCGUCGGUGAAGAUUAAAGCACACUACUGCGGGGACAUGCUGAUCGCAGACUUGGCAGCCACGGUAACCUUCGUGGAGUUGCGCGAGGAGGUGAGAACGAUGUGCAGCGUUGCCAAGCAGCAGCCUGUCACACUCAAGUGGAUCGAUGACGAAGGGGACCCUUGUACCAUCUCGUCUCAAAUGGAGCUGGAGGAGGCAUUUCGUAUUUACAGCCGGACCAAGAGGUCUGGUCUCCAGCUGCACGUUUUCCCCAGUAUCCCGGAGCGACCCGGCCUGCCCUGCCCUGGAGAAGACAAAUCCAUCUACUGCCGAGGGGCCAGAAGAUGGAGGAAGCUCUACCGAGUCAACGGACACCUCUUCCAGGCCAAGCGCUUUAACAGGAAAGCCUACUGUGGCCACUGUGCUGAGAGGAUAUGGGGGCUGGGCGGGCAGGGCUACAAGUGUAUCAACUGCAAACUGCUGGUCCAUAAGCACUGUCACAGACUCAUCCCUCAGACCUGCCAAAGGCUUAUGGAUCCAGUCAUGCCAUCACAGGAGCCCCCUUCAGAUGCCAGGAGUGAGGAAGUUGACCUUCCACCAGAGGACACAGACGGAAUACCUUUUCUACCACACAACUUUACAGUGGAAACGACACAGGAUGCAGAUACACAGGACAUCAAAGCGGUGGUGGACGGCAUUGAUGGCAUCAAGCUGUCCCAGGGCCUGUCUCUCGGGCUGGGGGACUUUGAACUGAUCCGAGUGAUUGGGCGCGGCAGCUACGCCAAAGUGUUGCUGGUCCGGCUGAAGAAGAACAAGCAGGUGUACGCCAUGAAGGUCGUGAAAAAGGAGCUGGUCCACGAUGACGAGGACAUCGACUGGGUGCAGACAGAAAAGCACGUGUUUGAGCAGGCUUCCUCCAACCCCUUCUUAGUAGGCCUGCACUCCUCGUUCCAGACCGAAAGUCGGUUGUUUCUGGUGAUUGAAUAUGUGAACGGGGGGGACUUGAUGUUUCAUAUGCAACGACAAAGGAAGCUCCCUGAAGAGCAUGCAAGGUUUUAUGCUGCUGAAAUCUGUAUCGCUCUGAACUUCCUGCAUGAAAAGGGCAUCAUUUACCGAGACCUGAAGCUGGACAAUGUUCUCUUGGACCACGAGGGACACAUCAAGCUCACAGACUACGGCAUGUGCAAGGAAGGGAUUAGACCAGGUGACACCACUAGCACCUUCUGUGGAACGCCCAACUACAUCGCGCCCGAGAUCCUCAGAGGAGAGGACUACGGCUUCAGUGUGGACUGGUGGGCUCUGGGCGUGCUGAUGUUUGAGAUGAUGGCUGGGAGAUCCCCCUUCGACAUUAUCACCGACAACCCCGACAUGAACACAGAGGAGUACCUCUUUCAAGUUAUUCUUGAGAAGCCCAUUCGCAUCCCAAGGUCUCUGUCGGUCAAAGCUGCCAGCGUGCUCAAGGGCUUUCUAAACAAGGAUCCCAAGGAGCGCCUGGGAUGCCAGGUCCAGACGGGCUUCAUAGAUAUCAAGGCACACACAUUUUUCCGCAACAUAGACUGGGACCAGCUGGAGAAGAAAGAGAUGACGCCGCCCUUCAAACCUCAAAUCACUGAUGACUACGGCCUCGAAAACUUCGACACGCAAUUUACUAAUGAGCCAGUGCAGCUAACGCCGGAUGAUGCGGACGUCAUCAAGAAAAUAGACCAGUCCGAGUUUGAGGGAUUUGAAUACAUCAACCCUCUGCUGCUAUCCACAGAAGAGUCUGUAUGAAGGGGAGACCAGCUUCCUCCUUCGCCCACCUUGUGUCUGUCCGAGCUGCCGUCUCAGCCAAUAACACUCGCAAGCCAACUCUGAAAGGCGAGGAGGAGGACAACAGGAAGGAGGACCUCACCCUCUGGACCUUGUCAAUGAGGCAGAGCGAAAUGGGGAACGGGAAAGGUUCCUUCCUGCACCGUUCCGAUUGUUUGUUCGCGUCUUUUCUUGGCAUCCACGAAAAAACAAAGACUUCAAAAACAUUCCCCGACGUUCCACUGUCUUCCCCUGACCUGCUGUUUUUGUCCCUGGGCUUCAUACCACUGUCUUCUAUGAAUGUCCCUCCUCAAAACGAAGCUUUUUAUUCCGUGCCUGCCGUCAUGAACCCGUCUCACAUUCAUGGAGAAAUUGGACAGUCCUGCUGAAGGACUUGAAAUGUUAACUGCACUUUUUUCCUUUUCUUCUUAUUUUUUUAAUCUAUCUUUGGGGAGGGGGCAGUUGAAGGGGCGACGCCUCACACAGAACAAGAAUGUACAAUGACUCAAAAUGAAGUUAUUAUUGUGCAUUAUAAUGUAGGUAGUGAAUCCAGAAUUGACGAUGCCUUUUUAUUGAUGCGAGUGGCACAUUUUCAUCUUAAACACAACAUUUGUUUUUACUACUAACAAAGGGGGGGGGUGAAAACUUUUUAUUUAAGAAGUGCCUCAAAGAUCGUAUUGAUUACCAUGGCUCUGAUUGCACUCUUCUUUUCUCAAAUGUUUCCUAACUCAUUCUGCAUCAGUCAGUCCAGUAUUCGGUGCAGAGCGGUUUAUCUGAAGUCAGCCGGUGCAGAAGCUCGGUGUGUAGAUGGUUGCUGCCAUAUGACCAGAUGGCCGCCGUCCGUACAGUCCGUAUCGGUGAAGGUGUCCACGGGCCUGUCCCAGUCCGCCAGCUUCAGAAGCACAUUAAAGCAGGACGUCAGCUGAAAAACAAAGGCUCCACAGUGUGUGCAGGCGUGCUGGCCGAGCUCAGAUCGCUCUACACCAGCUGCCACUGCGUGACCAUCUGCAGCCAGUUGGAUACGUCAUGUGACCGGUGGGGUGUGCUGUCUUGUGGAAAUGUGUCUUUUUGGGCUCGUUGUGUGUUUCCAUCCUCGCACCAAGGCUGGCUUUAUGUGGUGCAACUCCAGCUCAGUGCCACUGGGACAUGUCUUUUUGCACUAAAAAAAAAUCUUGUUAAACCUCAUCAAUAAAAUUCCAAUGUAUUUUUAAUAGUUUUAUUUGUAGAAGGAUAAAAGAAGGUCUUUAGCGAUGCGCUGAACCACAGAGACACGGUGACUAAUCUGCACUGGGGACUGAUGGACACCAGGACAAAGACACACAGAAACCAGAGCACAGAUACACACUUCAUGUUCUCACUAUCUGCCAUCAGGGCAACACAAAGCUUCUCAUCUUAAUUUAAUGCUUCCACUUAAUUUAAAACUUGUGAUAGGACUCAAUUCAACAUUUUAGACAUUUUUACUUUAUAAUACUGAAAACAAUUGGGAGCUUAUGGAUUAACAAUUGUAAAUAACAACCCUAGUUCUGUCACCUCGCAGAUAUCACUAAUGCAUUCAUGCAAUGAAAUAUAGAUUAGAACUGGAUGACCCUUAAAAAUCGACUAUAUCUAAAAAGAGAUUUCUUGGAGAAGUAUUUUAGAUAACACACAGCCACACGUGUACUCAAAGACAGAAAGACAGGCGCUCAUUUUUACAACUCACCCCCAUUUCCACCGUUCCAACGUCUCCUAGCAACAAGUCACAUGACACAUUAACAGACUGAAUCACCCAAAAGAGAUGUUCUAUUUCUCCAUCGAGCUGUCAGAC